AUGCGUCUGCGAGAUGGUAACCCGGUGCGCGUUUUCGACGGCGUUAACGGCGAGUUCUUGGCGGCCGUCGCUACGAGCAGCAGCAGCAGCAGCCGCCUUGAGCGAUCUGGCGAGAAGAUUGGCAGCGGACGCGGUGGUAGGAGGGGUAGAGGGAAACGGUCGGCAGGCGGGGCAGAGAAAGUUAUAGAAUUGCGGGUUGAGUGCCUCACGCGAAGACAGCCGGGAAUUGGCGGCGGCGGUGGCGGCGAGGUGGAGGACCUUGAUGCGCCAGAAAUAGAGCUCGUUUUUGCGCCCAUUCGAAAGCAACGCCUUAAGAUGCUGGUGGAAAAGGCGGUCGAGGUUGGUGCUUCACGGCUGACACCUGUGUUGACCGCUCGCACACAGAAGGGCGCAGUUUCGGAUGCGAGCAUGCUCGACAGACUCGGGGCGGUCACAGCGGUUGAGGCUGCCGAACAAUGCGAGCGCAUGACAGUGCCUCCCAUGGCAAGCCCGGUGACUCUCGCUUCUUAUCUCCGUAGUCUUGAGCUUCGUCACAGCAGCUGUGACGGAUCAAGUAUCGUUGGAUUAGCAAGAGACCGAGACGGCGACCGAAGUUUGCCAGAUAUUGUCUUCGUGUGUAAGGAGAGAGACGUGGAUGCGCCACCGCUCCUGGAGGCGCUUGCCGAGUACGAGCAGGCCUUUUCGGAGCAACGUAGGCAGGACCACGUAAACUCUAGCGAUGACAAUAGAAACGCAAACGCGGCCUUCCUCAUCGGGCCGGAGGGAGGUUUUGAUCCCGACGAGAUUGGCACGUUGGCCCAAUAUCCUUUCGUGCGUUUUGUAUCCCUGGGACGGACGGUGCUGCGAGCUGAGACCGCGGCCGUGUACGCCCUGAGCUCGUGGAGCGCGUUCUGGGCAAGUUGUUAGCAAGCGUACGUGUACGUAUCUUGUUUGUCCGAUUGCUGUGUCAGCUAAGGAAGACAUGAUCUGCAGCAGCCGUGAGUCUAAUCAUCUUGCCGUGUUCGGCUGUUGGAAUUCCAUUCGUCGAUGAAAUUUCUCUCUCUCCUUGGUGAUGCCUUGGUUUGUGCACUACUCGUAGUAUCUUCGAAGACUUUGCAGUCGACGGAAUGGGAUGCCUGGGUCGCUUUACGAACCGUCCUCUUAUCGUGCGAGUGUCUUCUGUGCGGGGAGAGGAGCCUCAUCCCGCAUUGAUUGCGAGUUCGUGCUCAAAAGGAUGCGGGGAAGUGCUUCUGCCUUUUUCAGCGGUAUCUGGCCUUCAGAGUUGCUAGGUGUGUUCUACGGUAUCUCGGUCGGCACGCGCUCGGGCUUUAGUGUGUGGACCUUUGAACCGAACACGGAAAACAACGCCUGUGGCACGGGUUUUGGUUGGAGGCAUAUUGCUGUGUUAUCAAGCACGUUGCACGUCCAGCACCACCCGCAAGACCAGAGCUUCGCGUACAUCAAUGUAAACCUACAGCAGGGAGCCCCCCUUGUUGUCAUGCGAAAAGAUCGUUGUGACACUG